GUUCUGUACAAGCUGUUUUGCAUGGACACCAGAAGGCUAUUGCCUCUGUUAAGGUCAUUCAUUGAUAUUAGGUCACUGAAAGAAGGCAAAGUCAUACACCAAAAAGUAGUCACCUUAGGCUUACAAAACAACAUUGCCUUGUGCAAAAGCCUCAUCAACCUCUACUUCUCCUGCCAAGAUUUUAAAUCUGCAAAGCUAGUUUUUCAAACCAUUGAGGACCCUUUAGACAUCACUUUGUGGAAUGGCCUCAUGGCAGCUUACACAAAGAAUUUCAUGUUCACUGAAGUUCUUGAUCUCUUUAAGAGGUUAUUGCACUACCCUUAUCUCAAACCUGAUGAUUACACAUACCCUAGCGUUCUUAAGGCUUGUAGUGGGUUAAACAGAGUAGACCGUGGUGUAAUGAUACAUUCUCAUGUGGUGAAAAGUGGGUUUUUAUCUGAUGUUGUUGUUGGGAGCUCCAUUGUUGGUAUGUACGCAAAGUGCAAUAAAUUUCGGUCAGCGACACAGUUAUUUGAUGAAAUGCCUGAAAGAGAUGUGGCGUGUUGGAACAAUGUGAUUUCUUGUUAUUAUCAAAGUGGGCAAUGUGAGAAAGCGUUGGAAUUGUUUGAAAAAAUGAAUGGUGAUGGAUUUGAGCCUGAUUCAGUGACGUUUACUACUGUUAUCUCUGCGUGUGCAAGGCUUCUGGAUUUGGAAAGAGGGAAGGAGAUUCAUAGAGAAUUGGGGAGAAAAGGGUUUGUAUUGGAUGGCUUUAUUAGUGCUGCUCUUGUGGACAUGUAUGGAAAAUGUGGUUGUUUAGAGAUGGCAGUGAAGGUCUUCGAGCAAAUCCCAAGGAAAAGUUUGGUUUCUUGCAAUUCUAUGAUUGCAGGAUUCAGUUUGAGAGGUGACAGCAAAUCGUGUAUUGAACUUUUACUGAGAAUGAAAGAAAUAGAAAUUAAACCUGAUUCUACAACUUUAAGUUGCUUAUUGGUGGCUUGUUCGAAAUCAUCCCAAUUGCGGCAUGGAAAGUUCAUUCAUGGGUAUAUAAUAAGACACCACAUAGAAUCCGAUAUUUUCAUUGACAGCUUACUCGUCGAUCUAUACUUCAAAUGUGGAAUGGUUUCAUCAGCUGAAAUUAUUUUUGAAACGAUGCCAAAAACAAAUGUUGUAGCUUGGAAUGUGAUGAUUUCUGGUUAUGCAUCAGCAGGCUGUUAUUUUGAGGCUCUUGGCAUCUUCGGUGACAUGCGAGAAGCUGGUGUAAAACCAGAUGCCAUUACAUUUACUAGUAUCUUAGCAGCUUGUUCACAACUAGCAGUCUUAGAGCAGGGUAAGGAGAUUCAUAAAGGCAUCACUGAAAAUAAAUUUGAAUCCAAUGAAAUAGUCAUGGGAGCUCUCCUUGACAUGUAUGCUAAGUGUGGUGCUGUGAAUGAAGCUCUUGAUGUUUUUAACAAAUUACCAGAAAGAGACCAUGUGUCGUGGACUUCAAUGAUUGCCGCUUAUGGGUCUCAUGGCCUAGCUUUUGAAGCUUUGAAACUCUUCAGUGAAAUGCUGCAAUCCAGUGCAAAACCAGAUAGAGUGACUUUUCUUGCAGUAAUUUCUGCCUGUAGCCAUGCAGGAUUAGUUGAUGAGGGCUGUUACUAUUUCAAUCUAAUGGUCACUGAAUACGAAAUUCAACCCACAAUUGAAGACUACUCGUGCUUUAUCGAUCUUCUUGGACGUUCUGGGAGAUUGCAUGAAGCUUAUAUGAUUCUUCAAAGAAACCCUAGUAUUAGAGAAGAUGUCGAGUUGCUAAGCACAUUAUUUUCUGCAUGUCAUAUGCAUGGGGAGUUAGAAUUAGGGGAGGAAAUCGGAAGAUUUCUUAUUGAGAAGGAUGCUGAUAGUCCAUCUACAUACAUUACUUUAGCAAACAUGUAUGCUUCCAUCAAGAAAUGGGAUGCGAUGAGCAAGGUGAGAUUAAAGAUGAAAGAGCUUGGAGUGCAAAAGAACCCUGGAUGUAGCUGGAUUGAAGUUGACAAGAGAAUCCAGCCCUUCUUUCCAGGGCAUAUAUCAUUUCCGCAAGCAAAUUUACUAUAUGAAUGCCUGUCCAUUCUUUACAUUAAUAUGGAGAAGGAUGAACUGCUAUGGAAUUUGAAUGGAGGCAAUCUAGAAGUGGGUGCUUGUAUAUAAAUGGAUACGAAUUCAAGCCUGAAGAGAUUCAACAGCAUAGACAGUGAAAAAUUCCUUCGGGAUUUGCAAGUGGUUGGCAUCUUGCAGCUUCAGUAGCCCAACAGAUUCAUAUGAAAAUGUUGGGCUAACAUGUACUUCAGCCCUGAUCAGAUCUAAAAUAAGAGUAGUUUAACAUAGUAUAGCUGUCUCGAAUUGAUAGUAUGCAACUGCUUAUGCAAUAUGGCGCACAGUUACGCUAGCCACUCAUGGCAACUGUCCCGCAGAGAAUGUUUUGUGCGGUAUGAUUGUUUUCUUAUAACAUUUGCACUGAGAUGAUGGGGUUGGUAAGGGUAUCUUCGGUUAUCAGAUUUUCCAUAUCCAAUGCUGGUUUUAUUCAUGAAUUUUCGAAAAAUUAUAUCUAGUGAUGAGGUGUGACGAAGGGAAACAAAUGGAUUCAAGUUAUGUGCUUCUGGAAGCAGG